GCUGCACGAGGGCCGUGAAGUUGAUUGAAAGUCUGCCAGUCAGUUAGUCCCGUCAGGAACAUUUGCCCGUUCACUCCAUCAGACCGCAUUUCCCGUUCAGCUAUUCCGUUUUCUCCUAGUUCCAUUGUUGUCCAAUUCCACCCCGAUUUAUAAACACUCCGCAAUGUUGAGCACCUGCGCCAAAUCGGCCAAACUGGCCGCAGCCCUGCAGCUGAAGAGCCAGGCCGUGGCAGCGCCCCUGGCCAGCGCCAUCAGCACGCGCUGGGCCCACCACACCACCCCUACCGGCCAGGAGCACCUCUCCUCCAUGAACGUGGCGCCGGCCACCUCGCGCGACGUCUCCUACGUGGAGGACGCCCAGGACCCCAGCUUCAGCGACAGCGUGGAGUACUUCUUCAACCGCGGGGCGCAGGUGGUGGAGGACUACCUGGUGGAGAACCUCAAGGGCCGCAUGAGUAAGGAGGAGAAGCGGAAGCGGGUGCAGGGCAUCCUCAAGGUGAUCAAGCCGGUGGAUUCCGUGCUGAGCCUGACGUUCCCGCUGAAGCGGGAUAACGGGGAGUACGAGGUGAUCGAGGCGUACCGCAGCCAGCACAGCCACCAUCGGACGCCCUGCAAAGGAGGUAUCCGUUACAGUAUGGACGUGAACAUUGACGAAGUGAUGGCCUUAUCCGCGCUGAUGACGUACAAGUGCGCCGUGGUGGAUGUGCCCUUCGGGGGCGCCAAGGCCGGCAUUAAGAUCGACCCGCGCAAAUACAGCGACACGGAGCUGGAGAAGAUCACCCGCCGCUUCACCCUGGAACUGGCCAAGAAGGGCUUCAUCGGGCCGGGCGUGGAUGUGCCGGCCCCCGACAUGGGCACGGGUGAACGCGAGAUGGCCUGGAUUGCCGACACGUACGCCACCACCGUCGGCCAUCUGGACAUUAACGCCCACGCCUGCGUCACCGGCAAACCCAUCUCCCAGGGCGGCAUCCACGGCCGCGUGUCGGCCACCGGGCGUGGCGUCUACCACGGCCUGUACAACUUCAUGAACGAGGCCAGCUACAUGAGUAUGAUCGGGAUUACACCCGGACUGGGCGACAAGACAUUCAUCGUGCAGGGAUUCGGUAAUGUCGGUCUGCACACAAUGCGUUAUCUGCACCGUGCCGGCGCCAAGUGUAUCGGUAUCGCCGAAAUUGACGGCUCCAUCUGGAAUCCCAACGGAAUGGAUCCCCGCGAGCUUGAAGACUACAAGCUGUCGCGUGGAACUAUUAUGGGAUUCCCGGGCGCGGAGAAGUACACCGGCGAGAACAUCAUGUACGAGAAAUGCGAUAUCCUCGUGCCGGCCGCUGCUGAGAAAGUUAUCACCAAAGAUAACGCCCACCGUAUUCAGGCCAAGGUCAUCGCCGAAGCGGCCAACGGGCCGACCACCCCGGCGGCCGACAAGAUCCUGAUCGCCAACAACGUAAUGGUGCUGCCGGAUAUCUACCUGAACGCCGGCGGUGUGACGGUGUCCUACUUUGAAUGGCUGAAGAACCUCAACCACGUCAGCUACGGACGAUUGUUAUUCAAGUACGAACGCGAAUCCAACUACCACCUGCUGGAGAGCGUCCAGGAAUCCCUGGAGCGCCGCUUUGGCCGUGGCGGCGGCCGCAUCCCCAUCACGCCCAGCGAGGCCUUCAACAAGCGUAUUGCUGGUGCCAGUGAGAAGGAUAUCGUACAUUCUGGUUUGGAUUACACUAUGGAACGAUCUGCCCGGGCGAUUAUGCGAACGGGUAUGCGAUACAAUCUGGGAUUGGACUUACGUACCGCGGCCUUCGUCAACGCCAUCGAGAAGAUCUUCGGCACGUACGCCGAAGCCGGUUUCACGUUCGCUUAAGUGCGGAGCGUUUCCUCCGGAUGCGCGAUGGACAGACUGAUUUGUGACCUGUGUAAUUUUGUUGUGGUUGGACUUCCGGUUGCCAGAGUCCCGGAUCACGCGGCUGGACAGAUUGAGCGGCAUUUAAUUGAAUUUUAAUCUUAUGUUAUUUGUGUGUUUAAACGACAGCGGGCAGAGAGAUAGAGGGUUUAUUUGGACGGGGAUAUUUUAAUGUUAGUGUCCACUCUUGUUGAUGCACGCUUUGUGGUCUCAGAUAGAAACGAGUAGCCAGAAAAAUAGCGAAUUAAUAUUGUAGUUUGCUGUAGUGGUUUAUUUGUCUGUUAGUUGUAUUUGUUUUUGUGUGGUGUUGGAACCGCAAGGAAAGACGAGAUUGCUGUUGAAUAAAUUCACAAAUAUC